GGAUGUAACCGUGCCGUCCUCAUCCUCCUCCCUCCAUCCAUCCAUGAGCUGCUGGAGUCAGGGCCCGCUAUACACGAGGAGCUCCCAUCAGCUUAUCCGCUGUUAAUUAUAGCCAGCGACCUGGUUUCAGCACUGCAGGGACUCAACAGCUCCCGAGGAACUAAAGCCUUUGCGCUUACAGAGGAGAGGCGCUGAGAGCGCGCGGCAGCCUGCCAACCCCAGCGCGCUCCACAAAACCAAUCCGACGGCGCGUUUAUCUCCACAGAAGACAACAGAGAGAGCAAGAGAGAAAACGUCUGAACUCCAGCUGAAGCAUGGCGUCAAAACGCAUAGGGAUUGUGGUUUUCCUUGCUGUAAUAUCGCAGAUCUGCGCGUUCCCCACACCUGCCGGACCCGACGAUAAGAGCAUGUAUAACCGAGAGCUGACUGAGGAGAAGCCAUUAGAACAGCAGAUUGCAGAAGCUGACAGCAUCAGGAAGACAGAACCCAAGCCAACUCCACCAGCUGAGGCAGAGUCAAACUCUGAGGAUGAUGACAUCAUUUUCCUUAGGUCUCUGGCUGAGAAGUCCAAAGAGUCAAACAACGAGACUCCCAUCUCAGAUUCUGUGAAAGAGCGAUACGGUACUGAUGAGGCCGACACUACCAAAAACAGAAGACUGGCCGAUGAUUAUGACUCUACUAAGAGUGGAAUGGACUACAAAUACCAAGAUGAUCCUGAAAGUUUCCGGCAGCUGGACGGGACCCCGCUAACAGCUCAUGACAUCGUCCAGAAAAUCGCCAACAAAAUCUACGAAGAGGAUGACCGAGGAGUAUUUGACAGAAUUGUGUCUAAACUGCUCAAGCUGGGUCUAAUCACAGACAGUCAGGCAGAGACACUGGAGUAUGAAGUUGCUGAAGCCCUGCAGGAUCUGAUUACCAAAAAUGCCAAAGAUAACAUGAUUGGAGACCUCAGUAUGGACUACCCUGUUAAUGCUGUGAAAGACACAGAAAACAAUAUGGAUGAGGAAGACAGGCCCAGUCGACGAUAUGAUGAAGAGGAUGAAGGUCAUGAUGCUAAUGGUGGUGAUGAUGUUAAUGGUGAUGAAGAACAGGAGGAGGAGAUUAGAGAUGACACAGUGAGGGCCGAAGACUCAUGGGACGCCGUGAGCGAUGGGAAUGACAGAAACGAACUGAACCCUGAAGAUGGACUGCAGGACCUUCAGUUCUUCCCCAACUUCUACAGACUCCUCAAGAGCCUCGACUCAGAGCAAGAUAAAGAGGAGAGAGAAACACUGAUCACCAUCAUGAAGACCUUGAUCGACUUUGUGAAGAUGAUGGUCAAAUAUGGAACCAUCACACCUGAAGAAGGAGUUUCUUAUCUGGAAAAUCUGGAUGCAAUGAUUGCCCUGCAGACCAAGAACAAGCUGGGCAAGUCUCUGGUUCCUCUAAGCAUGACACCCCCUACAGGAAAAGCAUUGGAUGAUGAUGACAACACCAAAACAGAAGCUGCCAAAAUGCAGAAGGAGUAUGAGUCUCUCAAAGACUCGACCAAAGACAUCCAGACUGCUGCUGAAAUCAGUCAUCCUGGGAAGUCUGAGAGUUAUCUGGAGGCAAUCAGGAAGAACAUUGAAUGGCUGAAAAAACACAACAAGGAAAGCAACAAAGAAGAUUAUGACCUCUCCAAGCUGAGGGACUUCAUGGACCAGCAGGUGGACGCAUACAUCGACAAAGGCAUCCUUGAGAAGGACGAAGGUGAUGUCAUUAAAAGAAUCUAUGGAAGCCUGUAGGAACCACAAGUACAGCUUCACAUGUAAUAGUAUAACAGUUAGAAUAUCUAAAUACUAAAUACUUGGACCAGGCAUACUAACACAGAUCCUAAUUCUUUAACUCCUAAUAAGCAAGAUAACUCAGACACUAUUUCUGCAGAAUGAUUUCCUUCAGAAGGCAAUAUCCUCUCAGCGCAGUCAGCAAUAGAACACACUCUAGUUCUAGAUAAGCCACAAAUCACAUUUGAGUUGUAAGUGUUUUUACGCAUUAGGACAGAAUAACAGCACUGGCUGCUAGAAGAAUGAAAUUCGGUGGAUUUUUCGGUAUGACUUGCAAAUCAGUGGAAAUAGAAGCUUUUGCACCUGUCCCUCUUUUGCAAUAGACUCUUACAGCAUUAUAUGCAUAUACUGUAUCUGUACGUAACAUCCAUUCAUGUAUGGUGUUUAGCAUUUCAUCCUCUUAUUUGAUGAAGCAUAAGACUCUGUAUUAUCGUUUCUCCACCAAAAAAAAAAAAGAAAAAAAGAA